GUGGGUUACCGAGCGGGAAUUUCUCUUUUCAAAUUAGGUCGGAUGCGCAUGCGCAGAAGCUGAGUUCUUUUUCACAUGGCAGUUGGAGUGAAGAAUCACCGUGUAUUGAAGAGUUAACCCACAUAAAUUCUAACCUUACAAAGUCAGUAAAUAAACAAACCAGUCUUAUUCAAAAUUUUUAAUUGAAAAACAAAUUAAGUGAGUAUAAAAAAAAUAUCUCUUAAUGUCGGAUGAUAAAGUCGGAACUUUGACUGACGAAGCAGUAAAAAGAAAGCAAAGGUUAGCUGAAUUAAAGAAAAAAAAUGAAGCAAAAAAUAGUGAAAAUUCGAAUGAAUUUGGUAAUUUACCCAAGCCUAAAUUUCGAAGUUACAAACCUCAGGAUGAAAGUUUGAAAGAAAAUGUCCUGGAGGAGGCUAAACCUGGUGAUGUUGAAUCAGAAGUUCAAGAUUUAUUAUCUGCAGCCCACUCUAAAGUUGUUUUUGAAGAGCUUGACUUAACAAGCUUGGCUCCUCGCAAACCAGAUUGGGAUUUGAAACGUGACGUGUCGAAAAAAUUAGAAAAACUAGAACGGCGAACGCAAAAAGCCAUCAUUGAGUUGAUCAUUGCGCGUGUGAAAGAAGACACAAGGACGAAUUUAGCAGAGUCUGUAAGCGCAGUAGGACAAAUGGGAUAGUGAAUAUAAAUUCUUGUAAAUAAUUUUUAUACUUAUUAAUUUUUCAACUAAAUCAGUAAAUCAAUAAUAAAGUAUUUUUAAUCAUUAAA